AACAACUGCGAUGACUUGUGUUCUACACAGAAAAAAAAAUCCAUGUAGCGAGAGGCUAGAACUCACUGUGCAAUCUUUGGCAAGACACACAGCCAAUGAAAGGGAGCCUCUGCCAUGAGUUCGAGACAGGCCUCCCCGCAGCCGAUGUAUGGGAGAUCUAUGGAGGCCUCCGUAUUGGCCAGUUGGCCCCUGAAUUGCUUCCCGAUAUGCUCAAAAAGGUCAAGCUUGUUGAUGGAGAUGGCGGCGUCAGAACAGUUUUGCAUCUCACCUACUCUCCUGGAAUUCCUGGAUUCGAAUAUCAAAAAGAAAAGUUCAUCAAGAUUGACAAUGAAAACUAUGUCAAAGAGGCACUAGUAGUAGAAGGAGGCGUUCUAGAUCAUGGAUUUCAGAAAUGUUUGGUACGAUAUGAGAUUAUAGGGCAAACAGAUGAGACAUCCACAAUAAGAUCAACCAUUGAAUAUGAAAUUGAUGACGACAAGACAGAUAACGCUUCCUUCGUCAGUACCAGUGGUGUAGCUCAUAUUGCUGAGGCCAUCACAAAGUAUAUCAAGGCACAGAAAAAGCGUUGAGCAAGCUCGUGAAGAAACGUUGUAAGAACAAAGCAUUUCCCACAAUGUAAAAUAAGUUCAGAGCAACUUCCUUUAUAGCUUGUUAUUCGCUGUAUUGCUGUUUGUAGAUCUUGGACUUGUUAUUCACUGUAUAUAUAUUGGAUGGUUAUAUGAUCUUGGGCGGUUGCGAUUUACA